AGGAAGCGAAGAUCAGAGCCCAGGCAGCAGCAUCAGAGAGGAGAGGUAUCCCUGUGAUGCUGCCGCCUCCUCCUCCCAGUGCUAAGCAUCACACUGCCAGCCUCCUCCUGCUCUCCAUCCGUUCUUACCCGGGGAUCUAUGCAGGCUCUGUGCAUGUCAGUCCGCAGUGUUUAAUGCAACUCCCAAAGUGCAGAAGGGGACAGGCCGCACAGCAUGCACUGGGGUGUUGGUCUCGUCCCUUCCAGGUCUUGUGUGAUUGAGCUGAGCCGGAAUCAGACCCUGUCUCUGUUCUGGUGUGUGGGAGCAGAGGAUAACUACUCCUUUUAUGGGGACAUCGUCGCUUUCCCAUUGCAGGAUUACGGAGGCGUUAUGUCAGGGCUGGGAUCCGAUUCCUGGUGGAAGAAAACCCUCUACUUAACCGGGGGAGCCCUGCUGGCUGCUGCUGCAUAUCUCCUACAUGAGCUGCUGGCAAUCAGGAAAGAGCAAGAAAUUGAUUCCAAAGACGCCAUUAUUUUACAUCAGUUUUCACGACCAAACAACGGUGUUCCCAGUUUGUCUCCAUUUUGCCUGAAAAUGGAAACUUAUUUAAGAAUGGCUGACUUACCAUAUCAGAACUACUUUGAUGGGAAGCUGUCGCCUCAGGGGAAAAUGCCUUGGAUAGAAUACAACCACACAAGAGUAUCUGGAACUGAGUUCAUUAUUGACUUUUUGGAGGAGAAACUUGGAGUCAAUUUGAACAAAAACCUCAAUCCACACGAAAGAGCUGUUUCCAGAGCAGUCACCAAAAUGGUUGAGGAGCAUUUCUACUGGACUUUAGCCUAUUGCCAGUGGGUAGACAAUCUACACGAGACUCAGAAGAUGAUUUCCAUUCCAGGACCACUUAGUAACUUGUUGAAGUGGAUAUUGUGCCACCUGACGAAAGGCAUUGUGAAACGGGAAAUGUAUGGCCAAGGCAUUGGGCGCUUCUCUGAAGAAGAGAUUUAUAUGUUAAUGGAGAAAGACAUGCGAUCUCUGGCUGGACUUCUGGGUGAUAAAAAGUACCUUAUGGGACCAAAGUUUUCCACCUUAGAUGCCACGGUUUUUGGACAUUUAGCUCAGGCAAUGUGGACGCUGCCAGGAACAAGACCUGAGAGGCUCAUUAAAGGUGAGCUCAUCAAUCUGGCCAUGUAUUGUGAGAGAAUAAGAAGGAAAUUCUGGCCAGAGUGGCAUGAUGACAAUGAUAACUCUCUAUACGAGUCUGACGAUAGCGGUGAAGUCAGCAAGACGCAUACACCACUACAAGACUUCAGCUUUUAUUCUAGGACAGGAACCUUUGAUGAAGAAGGCACUGAAUUUAGUAUUUCACAAACCCCAGAUACUGACUUCACAGGACAGUCACUCUUUGACUCGGACAUGGAAAUUGAUGAAUUUACAGAUCAUGAGCAAUGCAAGUGAUAUAUGUUGGUGCUGCUUCUGAGAGAUACUGCAUAGAUUCCUGUCCUUACUAGUACAGGUUUUGCACGGGAGGCAUUUGAUAUGCCGGCUGUCGGGAUCCCGGCGCCGGAAUCCCGACAGCCGUCAUACCGACAGCUAUUCUCCCUCUUGGGGGGUCUACGACCCCCCUGGAGGGACAAUAGCCGUGCCUGUAGCGUGGCGUGUGCAGCAAGCCUGCAAGGGGCUCUUUUGUGCUCGCCCCGCUGCCGGCAUGCCGGCAGGCCGGGAUCCCGGCGCCGGUAUGCUGGGCGCCGGGAUCCCAAGCGCCGGCAUACCGUAGUAGACCCGUUUUGCACACAUCAUUGGUUUAAACAAGCCUUAUAUCAAGCAAGCAACUGGUACAUUCAGUCGGCUUUAUUAAAUACCUGCAGAUGAAGAUGUUUAAUAUUUGAAUAUUUCCUUAAUUUAUGUGUGUUCCACGUCCUUAGUAAUAGCUUGAAAUAUUCUUACAAGAUGAAAAUGAUUACAAAUUAUGCCUUCAAAAGGUACUCAUAACUAUUCCACAUGCCUCUCUACCAUGGGUGCAGACAUACAAGUGCUCAGUCUAAUGUGGAAAUCUUUAUAGCACUGUAGCCAAAAAUGUAAAGCGAUGCAAAGUACUAUGAAUGUGAGUGCUGUCGGUAUGGUGAUCUGUCAAUGCUGGUUUUAUGCAAGUGUAGAGCAAUGAGUUAUAUAUAAUAUAGGGGGUAAUUCCAAGUUGAUCGCAGCAGGAUUUUUGAUAGCAAUUGGGCAAAACCAUGUGCACUUCAGGGGAGGCAGAUAUAACAUGUGCAGAAAGAGUUAGAUUUGGGUGGGUUAUUUUAUUUCUGUGCAGGGUAAAUACUGGCUGCUUUAUUUUUACACUGCAAAUUAGAUUGCAGAUUGAACACACCCCACCCAAAUCUAACUCUCUGCACAUGUUAUAUCUGCCUCCCCUGCAGUGCACAUGGUUUUGCCCAAUUGCUAACAAAAAUCCUGCUGCGAUCAACUUGGAAUUACCCCCAUAGUGUAUUUAUUAAGUUAAGAAAUCACAAUGAAUUCUUUAAUAGGUACAUAACAGCUAUAAUAGUUUUUUUAAUGAGACCUAACAAUUAGUGUCCUGUUACUGCACUCUUGUUUUUUUUUCUGUCUCUUGGUAAGACACAUGACGUGAGCGUUUAAUCAAUGGCUAACUAUAACGUGGAAUUCAGUAGACAAAUACAUGUUUCACAAAUGCACUUGUACACAGGUGUAAUUAGAAUGACGUCUUAAUGAACUUUUGGAAGAUUAUUUUAUAUACAUGUCUUUAUGCAAAGGAAAUGAGAUUGAAACAUUUCUUUUUAAAGAUGUUUAUUGUGCCUGUAUCAUUUUGUUGGCUUCAGAGAACACAAAGCUCUAUAUGAAUAAAUGAUUUAUUAUUAUUA